UUACUUCUUGCUUCACUUUUUGUUUUGAUUUUCCUUUAUUUUACAUCUGCGCCGAAAAAACGCAUGUUUUCCCCCCAAUUUCAUCGGCAUAAACAAAAGCUAUUUAUACACGAAUCAGCCAAACAAGCGCCGAACUAAGUGCUUUGUUUUAAACGGCGACCGCAGAAGAUUUCCGUUUUUGAAUGCGUGUGGUUGGGCCUGUGGAUGUUGGCCAAAAACGAGGAGGCGGCCAAUUAAAGCAGCAGCAGAAGAGGAAGCACACGAUUUAUUGGGCCAUUGUGGCUGCCAAGAAUCCAAGAAUCCGAAAGGGGCCACUUCACGCUUGUAAACAAACGGGUUUUCGAUGAUAUACCGGAUCGGAUAUGGGCAUUUAUAGCUUGAGCUACCAUUAGCCCAAAUAAGUUCUGAUUAUGAAGUUAAAGUUCUAGUCUACAUUGUCAUCAAGAUUAGUUCGUCACAUACAAAAUAAGACGUACUUCAAGUCAGAACAAAGUUCUUUAAGUCAAAUUCCGUCAACUUUCGGUACAUAUAGUUUAUUCACUACCAAACUUCUCAGAACAGGAAUCUAUCCAUCAUUAACAUUUUAAUGAGUACUUAAUUGGGUCAUAUAAAUUAAGAUUAACUAGUUAAAGUACAUUGAGAAGACACACCUAACACCUCGAACCAGAAAUUAAAUAAUCUCUAAAAGACGAUGCUAUUUGCCAAGAAUUCGAGGGUUAAUGGGGUCAUCGUCUGUAAACAAUUAACCGGAUCUGAUUAACUUGUUGCAGUAGGUAAACAAAAUAAGUUAGAACCCGGAACAGGACUACUUUCCUACUGCUGACAAUUUAAUUAAUGUUUACACGGACUAGAUGCAAACGAAAUUAAUUUGCAAAACAAUGGACUGAUGCAAACAGUUGUUAGCCGAUGUCUGCCAAAAAAAAAAAUUAAAAGGAAGGGCAACAUUAGCAGAAACUACAACAAUUGCCAAAGCAGCAGCAACAAUUGCAAGAACUAUAGCAAAUAUUGCAUGUAAAACAGCAACAAUAGCACGAUAGUCCGCAACAACAGCAACAUGCCACUGCGGCAGCCCGGCCAUAUCAACAUUUCGGCUAGAAUUGAGCAAUUUGCCAGUGCUGCUGCUGCCGCAGCGUAUACGUAGUAUUAAAAAUAGGCUAACGCCCAGGCUACAGGAUGAACAAGCGCAGCGUCAUCAUCGCGGGAAUCGUGGCCAGCCUUCUCGGCCUGGUGCUUGGUGCCAACUUCUACUUCAUGUAUUAUCUGAGCGCCGAGGAGGGACAUUUGGCCAGCGUUCGGGCGCUGGAGAACAUGAUCCGGCAUAAGAUGAGACACCUGAAGCCCAACUACCUCAAUCGCAAUCCACGCUUCUUCAUGUUCCGCAACAAGCUGCUUAAGAACUACAAGGCGGCGCCCUACGAGAACGCCAGUGUCCUCUGGGACAUUGCCAACUGGUGGCCGCAUGAAAACGAGGUUUAUCCAUUGUACGACUCAUCGAUGGGCCAGCUCUUGGAAACAAUGCGCCGUGAACCGAUCACUAGAGUGAGCAAUCUGGGUCGCGGCACCCAGCUGAAGCUGCUGAUGAAGCUGUCACAGCAACAAAAGGUGAUCUUUAAGCCGCAAUGGUACCCGCGUGAUGAGGUCAUCGAGGGAAUGGUGUACAGCGGCAAGGAUCGGCACACCGCCGAGGUAUAUGCCUUCUAUCUGGGCGCCGUGCUCGACUUUCGGUGGACGCCCAUCGUAGUGGGUCGAGUGGUGAACUUGAAGAAGGAGAUCUACGCCAACGGUGACCAGGAACUCCAGCAAACCAUAAACAUCGAAACGGACGAGGAGGGCAAGGAAACGUACUGCCUGUUCGGAAAGUGUCACUACUGCAACGAGGAGGAGACCGUCUGUGGGGACGAGAAGCACAACAUCGAGGGCGUGCUCAUCUAUAUCGUUCCGGGAACGAUGGCCAAGCGGCGGUCUCCGUGGCAGCGAACCUACAAGGAAGACAGGCGGGCGCCAUGGGAGGACGACAUGACCUACUGCAAGGCAUUGAAGAACAAAAUGGAGACCAUUCGUCUGCUGGACCUCAUAGAUGUGGCCAUUUUCGAUUAUCUCAUCCAGAAUGGGGAUCGCCAUCACUAUGAGACGCGUGAGGAGCGCGUGGUGCUAAUCGAUAAUGGGAAGGCUUUUGGCAAUCCGAACAAGGAUCACUUAGAUAUCCUGGCGCCCCUUUACCAAUGCUGCCUCUUACGAAAGUCCACGUGGGAUCGCCUGCAGGUUUUCUCAGGCGGCGUGCUAACGGAAAUCGUCGAUCGGCUGUCCAAACAGGAUGCCCUCUAUCCACUUAUCACCGAUAAACAUAAAAAAGGAGUGGAGCGGCGACUUCUGGUGGUCUAUGCGGUUGUGGAGCACUGCAUGGACAUCGAAGGCGAUAAAAUGUUCAAAACUCUGUAGUUCAAGCUUGAGAUUAAGGCUAAAAUGGUUGAUAAUCCUGGAUAGAGCUUCCGGAACUCACUUUCCACUUCCUAAUUAAGAAGUUAGCUAAAAGUAGCUAGAAACUAUUCUUAUAAUUUUAGUCAAUGCUUUCCUUCAACGGCUGUCAAUAUCCCCUUUGUUACGACAGGAAAAACUUUUCGUAGUUUUUUUAACGUUAUUGAUUUUAAAUAGGCUAACAAUUUCCCCAUAUAACAGCAAAAAGUUAAAUAGAUAGUUUAAAAAAUCCCGAUGCCAUCCAUUUAAUAAUUUUAGACAUUGAAAUAUGGCACCUUAAUGACUCCCAUUAGCAUGACAAAUCCCAUGAUGUUCUAUUUCUAUUUUUUCCGUAUUUUUCAGCUGAAAUAUUUAUUCCCAAAAAUCGUUAGAUUUUAAAACCGUACCGUAACAUAUCCGAUAGUAUAGUUUUAUGCAUAGUUACGUUUGUUAUUUAAUAGGUAAUAUUUUAGAAAAAUUGCAAAAUUUUAGUUUUGUAACAUAUCAGUAAAGUGUAUAAACAAUCAGAAAUAAA